CACGCAUUGAUUGGUGUUUUGAGGCCUGCUUGUUACAGUGAAGCUAAAUCUGACAGCAGAGCAUCAGAGGAGGGGGCUGUUGCCUCUGCUGCAAAGUGUUAAAGCACUUAUUCAAUCAAGAACAUUGCUGUUUUAUCUGCAUUCAUGGGAUGAAACUCCAAAAUGGAUUUAGUGUUUUUUUUAAAACGUUCCUAAAAAAAAAGAACCUUCAGCUAAAACCAGCUUUUUGCUUCAGUCUCCAUACAUUAUUGAUUUCCAGAGGCUGCUGCUGGCUCCUCCUGAGACUGUUUUCUUCCACUUUUUUUUUCUCCUCCAAAAGGAGGGGAGCAGAUGAAGGGAUGAGAUUCGUGUAACUUUUGGAUGACCCCUUCUUCACAAAGACAGUGUUCAUCAAUUGUCCUCAGUCAUUAUUCGCUGCUUUUAUGCCAAAGGGCUUUUUGUAGCUUUUGUUGAGUUCUCUGUUGAACACCAUGCCUUCAAGACACACUAUUCUAAACUCAUAUGUCUUUAAAAAAGUUAAGGAAAAACACUGAAACGCACCCAAAUAUUUGUUUUGUAUACAUGCAUGUUUUAGUUUAAGUACUUUAGUUAUUUAACCAAGAAAAUGCAUUUUAAAAAUAUUUUGGUUUUACUUUAAUUCCCACAGACUCAGUGUUUGCUUUGUUUGAUUAUGGUGUGUCUUAAUUUGGGUAAAAUACAUUUAGUUGUGUGUUUACUCGGGUUUGGACCAGCAUCACCUCCAUUGGCCGAUCUGGUCACAUGGUUCGCUAACUUUAUUCAGUUGACACCAAGUAGGAGGGCUCUAUGGAGGCAGGAAAAAAAGACAACUCGGGAAAAAUUAGUAUUUUUCUACCUUCAGAAAUUAAUGGCCAUGAGUUCGUAUAUGGUGAACUCCAAGUAUGUGGAUCCCAAAUUUCCUCCCUGCGAGGAAUAUUCGCAAAACAGCUACAUCCCCGACCAGGGCUCGGACUACUACAGUCCGGCGCAGGACACCACAGACUUUCAGCACCCAGGGAUCUACCCACGGUCAAACUACACGGARCAGGCGUUCAGCUGCACCACGGUGCCGGACUCCACGGUGCAGCCACGGGGUCACAACGUGCACGAAAGAACCGGCCACCACCCGGGUCAUUUUGGCGCACAACAAACUGAGCAGCAGGGGCCCCCGGUCCAAGUGGCCGGUCCUCGGACUUGUGGGCAGCAGCAAAACACAAAGAGCCAAAAUGGGAUCCAAAGCAAUAAGCAGUCUACAGUAAUUUACCCCUGGAUGAAGAAAGUUCAUGUAACCACAGUGAACCCGGACUACUCGGGAUCGGAACCCAAACGGUCCAGAACAGCCUACACCCGGCAGCAGGUCCUGGAGCUGGAGAAGGAGUUCCACUUCAACAGAUACCUGACCCGUCGGCGGCGGAUCGAGAUCGCGCACACGCUCUGCCUGUCGGAGCGGCAGAUCAAGAUCUGGUUCCAGAACCGGCGGAUGAAGUGGAAGAAGGACCACAAACUGCCCAACACGAAGGGCAGAUCCGCGCCGGCCUCGGGCCAUCUGCAACACAUGCAGAAGGACAACCAGACUGACAUCACAGCGUUAUAAAAGCAGCAGGAAAAAAAAUGAACAUGUACAGAAAAAGAACUGACUUUUAAGCAUGGACUCCUGUUUAAAGUUUUUUUUUCUUUUCUUAAUUUAACAAACAUGAACUGAAAACAGAGUCACAAAAACAAACCAAUCUUUGUGAUUGAGAGGUUUAAGUUUCCCCGAAAAACAGAAAAAAAUACUCGUUUUUAUUUCUAUUUUUAUUUUACCAGUUUAUUUUUUUAAUUUUAUUUUUAGCAUUAAUUCGGAUUUGCAUUUUAAAGCAAGCAUCGGACAUUUUUGUCUAAAUUAAACAUUUUUACAUUUUCCCAACAAAGAGGAAAUUCGUUGAAAUUUUUCAAAUAUUAUCCAGUUUUUUCUCCUAUUAAACGCACAAUAAAGGUACUUGAAGGACGCUCUUUUUCCUGCAUUAAUACUUCUCAACCUUGUAUUUUUUUUUGUUUGCGAGUUGCAAAAAAAAAAUAGAAAAACUUUUUUUUGUGUGAUUUGUAUAUUUUAACUUAUUUUGUACAAAAAUAAAUAGCUUUGAAUUUUUUUCUUAUAGCCUGAGAAUUAUCUCCACAUACAUUCCUGCGGGGCCCUUAUAAAUCUCCCCUCUCUGACACCUUUGUAAACAUUUUCAGAGCUUCCCUCGUGCUAUUUGAGACCCUCAUAUAUUCUUCACAGAUCCUGCAUGGCACCAAAUUUCUGUCGGGUUGUUUCUCCUCAGACACAAAUCCUGAAUAUUUACGAGUAUGAUUGUUUAUUUUUUUGUGUUUCCUUGAUAUUUAUUUGUUCCAAAAAAAACGUGUACAUUUAUGCGCACAGCACACAUUUUUUAAUUAAAAUACAAACAAAUUAUUCGUUAAACUUUUAUUAUUCCAAAUAUAAAUAUAUAUGUUCAAACCAUUGUGCAUUAUCAGCAUGGGUUUCUACAACGUUUUAGUUUGGUUUAUUUGGAAUUUCUUUUUGUUUAUCUCUCUUUUUUUUUGAGGGACUGAGGGAGGGAGGUCCUUUCACGCCACGUCUCAAGACUUUUUUUUUUUUGUUUUUGUUUUAUAUCGUCAUUGUCCUCGGACAAAAAGAAAAAAAAAAAGAAAGAAAAAAGAAAGCCAAGAAGCUGUUCCAGUUUGAGGAGGUCUCCUCUCUAAAGUCUUGAGAAAGCUGAAAAGGUAUUUCAACCGAAGGUCGACAAAAGCAGCAGAGGCAGGUUCAUCCAGGGGACACAUUUCAGCCGCAAGGACUGACCCCAGCACCCCCCCCUGACCCGCCGGACAAGCAGCAUUUUCUCUCCCAGGCGCUCCUCAUCUUGCUUUGGAGCAGUGAGAGAGUUGGACUCUUUAAAGAAAAAGUUAAAGCUCUUUCACUCACACAAUUCCACUGUUUUACAUGUAUGUUUUUUGUUUAGUAUUUAUGCCCCCCGAGGAAGUUCCAGCAGCAUUGGUCUCCUCCUAUCAACACGCAGUCUUUUUGUUUGUCCUGUUCAGAUUUUUGUACGUGUUUUUUUUUAAACUUGUACGGAGCAUUGAGAUGUGAGAAGUAUAUGGAACAAAAAAUAAAAAAAAAUAAAAGAUUUCUACUGAUUAUUCAUUUUGAACGUUUGCGUAAAGGCGUUUUCUCCUGAGUGUUCAUUUUCUUCACGGAAUCAUUUCAUUUCCUCUUCAAAGCAGUCAGGUAUGUAUAAUUUUCUCACACAUUAUUUUGUUUAUUUAAUUUUAUUUUUGAUUGAUUGGUAGAGUGUUGAGUGGUUUUGCCGAAUUUUCCACUUUGGUGGACAAAAUCGCAAACACGCACAGCUGAAAAAUCGCAAAUCGACCAAAUGCGCACCGAAAAAAAGCGAAAAAGGCCAGAAAAUAUACAACAAACAGCCUUAACAUGUGCAUUUAUUGAAUAAUUGUAAAUACGAAAUAUAUGAAAAUUAGAUAUCGUUGGGGGAAAUUAUAGGAAAGAAAACUGAGCUUUUAUUCUGUGUGAAAACUAUCACUUAGUUGUUAUAAAUGGGAGCGCAUGUCGUGCGUAAAAACGUCUUUUGUUAAUUGGAUAUAUUCCUUCUCAUAUUAGCCUAUAAUAAAAAAAAUAGCGGUUCCAUGAUUUUUCACUGCAAAAUUACCACCCACAUUUACUUUAAUGUCUUUAAAAGCCUAAAACAAACCAGAUAUAAACUUUUUUCGGGGUGGCUGGUUCCUCUCCAGAACCAAAAUAAGGUUCACGUGAGCUGAUAAAACGCAACACGCUGUUAUAGAGCUUAAUACCACCUCAGGGUGCAGUAUAGAGUCUUCAAACUAAAGUUAAUAUCAAAUCCUUACUCAAGCUGUGGCUUUUAUUGAGGACGACUCUCUGCAGCACUGACCUCCGACCCCCUCCACGCUACAGAACCAAGCCUGAUCCAAACAAAGAGGGACAGAAAGGGACAUGUGGAAAGACAAUCUGCAGUCAGUCAGUCAGGUUUUUUUUGUUGCAUCCCUCAGGACGGCUGCUCGACCGCGCCACCGAGCGCGCACGCGGACCCUUUAACGUGCGUGCUCAUGCAUUUUUGAAGAGAUGUGUGAAACAUGAGCACGUGUCACAUAGAUUCAGACGGAAGCAGAAACAAAAUGAUGCUUCCAAUCCACCAUCCUGUCAAACACGAUCUGCACAAAGAUGCAACAAAACCAGAGGAGGUGGAUGAGGAGGGGGGAGGAAGGGGCAACUAAUAAGCAUUACUAGCCCUUUAAGUUAAUAAAUUGUUGCUUUUGCGCGCGAAACGCGCGUGUUUGUGUGUUUCCUGUUUACGGUGAUAACGCUGUGGAAUAAAAAUAAAUAAAUAAAUAAAAAACAAACAAUUUAAAAUGAAGGCUGUAUUCUCUGUUAUCAGGUCAGAGCAGCUCCACAGCGCGCGCAGCCACACUGACCUACAUGUCUGAGCAGCAAUAAAUGGGAGCCAAAGGCAGUGCCAUUCUCAAUGACACACCCGGUGCAGGAAUACAACGUUCGCUGCUCUCCAUCCGGCCAUAUUUGAUUUCCAGCUGUUUUUUUUCCAGCAGAAGCCUCUCUCCGAGCCAGACAACCAACCAGCCAACCAACUAACCCCCCCUCCUUCUUAUAAGACAUAUUAAAGUGCGCUGUCUGCAUUCAGAGAUAUAAUCCAGAGACUAUACCACUCCGCGCUCUAUGCCCGACCACGUGAUUGUCUAAAUAAUUAAUGCAGCACGUCCCCCUAGAAACACGGCGUCGUCAUUAAUCGCAAGGACUCUAUCAGAGUUGAAAACUGAAGAGAUCCCCCCCCACCCCAAGAAAAUAAUAUCCGAUUUCUCGGCGCGACAGUAAAAAAGCUGCACGUCUGAACCGAUGGAUGCUCGGGUAGGUAAAUAUUUCAGCAUUUUUCAUGUUGCCCGAGCUGGUAAAUGACGAUAUCAAAUGUCGUGAUGUUUGAUGAAUUGCUCCGUGUGAUGUGUGCGCUCUGGGUAGGAUUGUGGCAAGCUGGUGGCUUGUACGCCGCAGUACGCAUGUCCUUUGUUAUUAUUGUUUUUAUUAUUUAAACAGAAAGGAAUUUGCAAUUUUUUACUCGUGAGUAUAUGAAAGGAUUGAUAGGUGUAACAGUAAUGGCACUGAUAUGUAUUUAUGGAUGCUCGCUGUAACGGUUGGCCCUCACAAGUGGGCCAAUUUAUCACUUUUUAAAUAAUGUUUUAAAUCGGGGUUUUAAUAAUUGUGCAGAAAAAAUAGCAAAUCUGCAGUUUUAUUAAAGGCAGCUAAAAAUUAAAAAGGCAGCUUUGAUUAAAUUCCCUUUGCGUCUUUUCGACAGAGGCUUUUUUUUAUUUUCUUAGCAAAAAAGAGAGAGGGGGGAGAUGAUUUGAUUUUGAUUUCUUAGAAGUGCUGGAAGUUUGGGCAGCCUGACAGUUCUGCCUCCUUGUAAAUCACUCUCAGUAAUUCCUUAAAGGGUGCGAGGCUGCAGGGGGGCCGGGCGAAAACUGUAAAUCUUUCACUUUUAUUACCUCUCUGAACAUAUGCUGCGACGCUACCAGUCCUGCAUCCUUUUUACUCCCCUCUUCCCUCAAGAUAACCCCCACAAGCACUGAAGCAGCCGACCUCUUCCUGCGGAUCCAUGAACAAGAAAGAAAUUUUUUUGCAAAUGCAGGCGGCACGCUCUUUCUUGCSUAUCUGCUUUUUCUUCUUCUUUUGAGGAUUUAUUGUUUUUUAAACAUCGCCAUUAUUUGAUGAAGCCUGUGAUUGAUGCAGAAAACAAUAGCAGCCAUGACUGUGUGUCUCUUUGUGUUMUACAGCAAGGUGUGCAGGCAGACACAAAACAAACGCAGGAUGAUAAUGUGCUUUAUUUGAAUACAAUCCAUGCCCAGCUGCAAGGAAAAAAAAACACCCACACGUCAUUUAUUUCAUAAAUCAUUUUUAAACGAUAUUCCAACCAGGAAAUGCUUUUUUUCACAAGCUCAAAACACACACUUGGACACGAUGCGUAAAAGGCUCAGUUUGUGCGUUUUAUUGCGGUAAUUCCUGCUUGUUUUAGUUUACUCAYAAAUCUCCAAAUUUGAUGAAGAGUUUGAGCCUUUUUUUUAGCAUGAAAGUAUCAUUUUAUACGCAUGCAUUGCAUAAAGAUGCUGCAGUCAGAGCACAGUGAUGGUGGCUAAACAUGCGUAAAUGUGCUUUAUUAAUAUCCACCCCCCCUACCCAUAAAGAAAAAGCAUGUGUGCGUAAAUGCUGGAGAGGAGACAAGUAGGAAUCCCGAGGAAGGAAGUAGGAAUGAGGAACAUUUCCACAAUCACACAGAGCUGCAGACGAGGACAUAAACGCCACCCUUUAUCAAAAAUGGACCGGUGAGGCUGAGGAGGAGAACCGUCACGUGAACAAAUAUGCUUCUAUCUAAAGGCAGUGCCUUGAUUUGUCAUCAUAAAGCUUCCGAAUCACCCACCUAAAAAAAAAAAA